AUGUCGCAGCAGCCUCCACAACAUCAGCAAUCACCCGAGCUUGUUUCUGGUGCGCAGCCAGAGGAGGCGCCACUCUAUGUCAACGCCAAGCAGUUUCAUCGCAUCUUGAAGAGACGCCUUGCCCGCCAAAAGCUUGAAGAUGCUUUACGUUUGACAUCGAAAGGUCGUAAACCCUAUCUUCAUGAAUCCAGACACAACCAUGCUAUGCGCCGCCCGCGUGGUCCUGGCGGUCGAUUCCUGACCGCCGAAGAGGUGGCUGCCAUGGACGCUGGGAAGGGGAUUGACGGCGAAGAUGGCAAUAAAGAGAAUGCGUCCAUGUCAUCGAAGGCUGGCAGCUCUGCCCCCAAGCGCAAGGCUUCCUCUACGCAGCUAAAGACAACGCCAAACAACAAGAAGAGCAAAGCCGGUGCUGCGCAAAGACAAAGCACGAGUGAAGAAGAGGAGGAUGAAGACGAUGACGACGCAGAGGAUGACGGCUAA